AUGGCGUAUCAUGAAAAGAAUGUGCGGUCAAUCGCUGUGCCGUUGGUGGCCUCUGGAUCCAAUCCGGGGUUCUGUACUCCUUGUCGCAAAACUGUUGAACAAUAUUUGGCGCUCCCGAUUGUUACAAUUCAGAAGAAAGGGGGCAAAGAGAGCUUCCAUUCUUUCAAGAUUCCCAAUAUCAACCUUGGUUCCCCAAAGCGACCCAAGUAUAACCUAGGCGUGCGAAGCAACGUAGGCUGGGUUGACGCGUCCUUUUCAUUACCAUUGGCUCCCGUUAUAGCUUUGGGUCGAUCACUCAAGCUUAGCAAUGUCUACGCCACCCUAUUCAUGAAGUAG